AUGUCCACCACCACAAUCCUCCACCACACCACCACCUUCCUCCACCAAACCCUCUCUCAACCCGACCACCGCCACCGCAUCUUCACCCUCCUCCUCACCACCCUCUCUCCACCUCUCCACCCCAUAAUCACACACUUAAAUCUCGCUCAACAAACACUCGAAAACGCCAUCACCACCACCAACUCAUCCCUCAAAUCCUCCUCCCUUCGCUUAUCCGAAACACUCUUACUUUCACACCCGAAAAACCCAGUCACAUCCUUCCUCUUGUCCCUCAUUUACACUCUUUGUGACAAACAUGUGGAAGCCUGCGUUUCUCUUCUUGAACUGUUUGAAACUCACCCGUCGAUUGCGCGAACAGAAGUCGCACCCCAGGUGUUCGAGGAAAUGUUUUUGGUGCAUUUUGUGCCGGUGCUUGAGUGGUACAAUGAGAAAAGGUUAAGGAUUGUGUCGUCCUUGAGUUCGAAUGAUAACGAUGAUGAUAAUGAUGAGAGUGAGGAGAAUUCGGUUGUGGUGGAUUCGGGUGUGUCGUGUGUGAAUUUGUUGUCGAAAAUGAAUGGUGAUCAGGCUUUGGAGUUGAAGGAGUUGGAGAGGGAUUAUGAGGAGGUGCUUGAUGAGAAUUGUAGGGUUUUUGUUGAGUAUUUUAAGGAGGUGUUGGAGAAUAAAGAUGGCGAUCGAGUGAUUGAUCCGCCGGAUGUUGUGCUUGAAGCGGUUCGUAAGGGCGGUAAUGAUGAGUAUAGCCGAGAUGGGAAGAGCUUGUCUGCUGAAUUCGGAUCCGAAAAUGGACGGUAUAAUCCAAUAUGGACUGAUCAUAAAGGAGAAAAAUCUAUUGGUAUCCAAAUCAAAAAGACCAAAGAUCUCUCAAGGUUUCCGUCUUUCUUCCCGGAAAGAGUCUCUCCAAGGGUUUUGACCAACGAAAGAUCAUCUUCAAGAUCAAUAAAACCGUCACCGAAUAAUAAAGAUUCUGAAUCAGAACCCGAAGAUAAUUUUCGCUCCAUGUCUUCCUUCGAAUCAGAUGCAGAGUUAGAGGAAAAAAUCGUUGAAAUAACGUCACUGGACACAAAGAAAACACUAUCCCAGAAACAGAAACAGAAGCAGAAGCAGCCAAUCAUAAUAGAAUCAAGUUCUUUUGAUCCUUUCAUGGGAGACUACGAUAACCCGAUGAACGAAGGAAAGCAUACGCCCCCUAAAGAUUUCGUUUGUCCAAUAACAACACACAUAUUUAGUGACCCGGUUACUUUAGAAACGGGCCAAACUUACGAACGUAAAGCCAUUCAACAAUGGUUAGAAAGAGGAAACUCGACUUGCCCGAUUACUCGACAAAAGCUUCACAGCACUCAACUUCCUAAAACAAAUUAUAUCCUUAAACAUCUCAUUGCCAGCUGGCAAGAAUUGAAUCCUACCAAUUCAAAUCAAGAAAACGACCCGUUAGAGUUAGACACCCCUCCGUUGACUUUGACUUUGACUUUGACUUCACCAGAUGAUGGAACAGUUGGAACAGCUAAUGAACUAAGGGUUGCUAUUACUAAACUUUGUACUUCUGAGGUGUUAAAAGAAGCGGAAACCGCGGUUUUCACUAUAGAAAAAUUUUGGCAAGAUGUAACAGAUUCGGGUCUUGUAGGUGAAGUUCAAAAUAUGCUUUCGCAACCACCCGUUAUAAACGGUUUUAUGGAGAUUCUUUUUAGUUCGAUAAACACCCGAGUUUUGAUUUCGACGGUUUUUCUGCUUUGUGAACUCGGGUCGAGAAAUGAGGACGUGAUCUUGACGUUAACACGAGUCGAUUCGGAUGUCGAAUGUGUGAUUGCACUUUUUCAAAAAGGGUUGUUUGAAGCUGUUGUUUUGAUUUAUUUGUUGAAACCGUCUAUUGCAAUGCUUGUUCAAGUGGAGUUGGUGGAUUCGCUUUUGAGUGUUGUGAACAAGAACGAAAACGAGUUUUUUAAAAUGUGUGUGAAACCGAAAACUGCUGCGGUUUUGUUGUUGGGACAGAUUGUCUCAAGUGGUGAUGAUGGUGCUGUUUUUGAAGUUGUUAGAAGGGUGAUCUCCGGGAAGGUAAUUGAAUGUAUUAUCAGUAGUUUGGAAUCUGAGUGGACUGAAGAACGAUUCACAGCCGUUCGUUUAUUGUCGAAAUGUAUACAAGAAGAUGGAAAAUGUAGGAAUAUAAUUGCUGAUAAGGCUGAACUUGCACCAGUUUUAGAGAUUCUUGUUGGAGCGAAUGAUGAAGAUCGGUUUGAAAUCGUCCAGUUUCUUUCUGAGUUGGUUAAAUUAAAUAGGAGAACAUUCAACAAUCAAAUUUUGCAUAUCAUAAAGGAUGAAGGGACUUUUAGUACAAUGCAUACACUCCUUGCAUAUCUACAAACUGCUGAAACUGAACAAUUGCCAGUUGUCGCUGGUCUCCUUCUCCAACUAGACCUUCUGGCAGAACCAAGAAAGAUGAGUAUAUAUAGAGAAGAAGCUAUCGAUACUCUUAUAUCAUGUCUUAAAAAUUCAGACUCCCCGUCAGCUCAAAUUGCAGCUGCUGAGACAAUUUUAGCCCUCCAAGGGCGAUUUUCGUCUUUUGGGAAGCCGCUUAUACGUGCGUAUCUUCUUAAAAAUGUAGGACUCGAUAAAAGUUAUCGUUCUACGAUGAGAAAAGAACAACUUUCAGCCAUUUCUGGAGAAAUACAAGAAACUAUGGAAGAAGAAAAGGCUGCUGAGGAAUGGGAAAGAAAGACAGCAUUUGUUUUAGUGAGCCACGAAUUCGGUCUUAUUUUCGAGGGAUUAUCAGACGGGCUAAAAAGUAAUUACGCAGAAAUAUGUUGUGCAUGUUUUGUGUGUGCAACAUGGCUUGUACAUAUGCUCACACUUCUUCCUGAUACUGGAAUUAAAGGGGCUGCACGGAUUUGUUUGCUUAAUCGGUUUGUAUCCAUUUUUAAAUCCGCAAAAGAUACAGAAGAUAAAGCUCUUUCUAUGCUUGCUCUUAGAAGUUUCAUCCAUGAUCCUGAUGGGCUGAGGGAUAUAAGCCCUCACAUGAAGGAUAUCUUAAAGGGUUUAAGAGAGUUCAAAAGGUCAUCUACGGUGGCAUUCGAAAUGCUGAAAGUAUUUUCAGAAGGAACUGAAUCUAGUGCUGAUCUAUGGAGUCAUAAAGAACUAGCACAACAAGAUUGCAGCAUAAAUGGAGAAGUUUCAUCGAUUGUAUGUUUUAAAGACAAGAUUUUUACAGGUCAUUCAGAUGGUAUGAUAAAGGUUUGGACCGGUAAAGGCAGUGUUCUUCAUCUACUUCAAGAAAUCAGAGAACACUCAAAGACAGUUACCAGUUUGACUGUUUUGCAAUCCGGGGAUACACUUUAUAGCGGUUCGCAUGAUAAAACUGUUCGGGGUUGGUCUGUUAACAAGGAAAUGAUCCAAUGUGAACAAGUGUAUGAUGUCAAAGAUCAUGUUAACAAUCUGCUAGUUGCAAACAGCAUCUCAUGUUUUAUCCCUCAAGGUGCUGGAAUCAAGAUUCAUUCAUGGAGUGGAACAUCAAAGCUGCUUAAUCCUAGUAAAUAUGUCAAGUGUUUGGCUCUUGUUCAUGGAAGAUUGUAUUCGGGAUGUCAUGAUAAUAGCAUUCAGGAGAUCGAUUUAGCAACAGGCACAUUGAGUUCCAUUCACAACGGGUCAAGAAAACUACUAGGAAAGUCAACCCCGGUUCAUGCGUUGAAAGUUCAUGAUGGGCUUAUAUACUCAGCUAGCUCUUCUGUAGAAGGAACUGCAUUAAAGAUAUGGAACGCUUCAAAUCACACGUUAACCCACUCGGUAUCGUUGGCAAGUGAAGUACGCGCAAUGGUAAUUAGCUCAGAUAUGAUUUAUAUGGGUUGCAAAGGAGGGAUUGUUGAAGUAUGGUGUAAAAAGAAACUAAGUAGAAAAGAAGUACUACAAAUUGGUACAAAUAGUAAAGUUACUUGCAUGGCUCUAGACACCAAUGAAGAUUAUUUGGUGGUUGGAACCUCUGAUGGCAGAGUUCAGGCAUGGGGAGUGAGUUAAAGAUCAUAUUUGAGAUUUUGGAUGAUAGGAUGAUAAAUACAAAGACGUGUUUGAUUGGUAUUUUUAUCGAAGGUUCAGAAAUGAGCGUUUUUCUUUAUUCAAAAAAAGUUAACUAAUACAUGUAUAGUUCUAAUUCUUUUUACCUUGUGCCGCAAUCGGUCCAAGUGAUGUAAAAUAUUCAGGAUGACCUACAAGUUUUGCGUCUAAAUAUAUUGUUUUGUAUAG